UCAGUGGUUGUGCAGUGAGGACGUACCAUGAUAGUGGAUACUCCCAGUGGACCACCGUCUAUCCUAGACUCCCCCACCCUGGCUAGGGUUGAGAGGGCGAGACUGCGAGAGGAAGGGACCGCCACGGGGAGGAAUUCACCGAUGAACAUGUCUACUUAUUGCCCGUCACUGGUAUCUGACCACGGAGAGAUGCAACACGCCAUCAAGAAAGGUCUGCUCUGGCAGCAGAGAGAGAGACUCUUCUCUAGAUGGAAGGAGAGAUACUUCAUAUUGACAAGAGAUUAUCUUCAUUGCUUCAAACGCUCCACCGGCACAGAUAAAAUCUCCGACAUGGGACAGUUUAUCUUCAAGGUGAAGCUGGUGGAAGUCGAGAAGGUGGAGUGGAUCAACAAGAAGUCGUACAGCACGGUAGGCAUCACCCUGCAGAACAGGGAGACCAAGAUAUUGCUGAGAGCUCCGAUGGGCUUGGAGGACUGGUUCGAACUGUUGGAGGAGUGUAUGAUGACCAGUAAGGAGCGACGCAGAGCUCUGAGGAAGCUACACAACCCUCUCUGGCACGGAGACGACGAGUCCGCACCUUCCCUCACCUGGCUCAUCAACAGGGGAACGCUCAACAAGGAAGGACAUUUGCUAUCCGACUCUGUGCCAGACUUGGAGGGACAACAGAGAGACUGUGAUGAUCCUUGGAGAAGGACUCAAGGAACUCCACUACACCAACGUCUGUCUUUGCUUACGGAUAUAGACAUCAACAGCUGUUCAUCCAAUCUAGACACACCUCCUCCUUCGGUCCCUGCUACGUUCCGGGGUCGACCUUACCCUUACAGACUGAACAACGAUGUCUUCUUCAUGUCUACUGGUAAGAACGAUGAACGCUACAACGGAGGCUCCAUAACUGCUUCGUACUGCAGCAGCAGAUCAGCGCUGACUCCAGUAGGAUCAUUCCGCAGCUCUCAUCUCUUCAGUCCGGCAAAAACCGCAGCAGCCAACAGCACGCAGAUCAAAUACAGAGACCGAUCUCAAAGCGAUGCCUUAAACUGGAAGUCCAGAACAACCGAACUUAAAAAUCGAAGAUCAAGUUACCUACAAGAUGCAACCCAUGUGUGAACUUAGAGAUUGAGAAUGUGUUUUCUCUUCAACGAUUUUAGUCAAAACUUAUACUGAAUAAAACCAAAUAUUUAUUAAGUAGUCUUGUAUAUUAUUUAUGUAAUUUAAAUGUUUACCAAGAUUACAAAUUGCUUUUGCUGCCAGUUUUACAUGUUUUGAGCUUUUAAUACAUUAUCAUUGCUUGAGUCAAUUAAUGUUUUGUAUUUGAAGAGAAUUAUUGUAAGUUUGAUUGUAAUCUGUUAAGAGGGCUGUAUUGUAAUCCUAAAUCAGGAUUAGAUCUUUAUAAUAGUUGUUAAUGUAAUCUAGUUCGUUAAUUACCUGUUGUGUUAACUCUACUUUAAGUUUUACCAAAAGUCAACGAUUUACAAUGAAAAUAUUGUAAAAAUAAUAAAUAUGUUGCUAAAUAAUGAACUUAUUAAUUUACUUCUAAGGUUAAUUUUCGUCCAACUUCUUUCAUGUGAAAUUUUGUUCUGCUAUAUUUUUGUUAAUUAUAAAUACAUAAACUAAAUAAAAAAAGUCUCAUAACACUUAAACAUAUAUUUACGCUUAUACUGUUACUCACAAGACGGUAAAUAUACAUAAAAGAUGGUAAGUGAUGACAGAUUUCGAUUGGACACUCCAAUUCACUUUCCGCAAAUUUAAUAACACGUACAAUGCUGAUUAAGAAGUUAUUUAAUUAUAAAUCCCUAGUAUAAUUAUUCUUUCUGUCAAGGAACAUUACUGCAUAAAAGUAGUUCUAAAAGAUUAGGAAUACAGAAGCAAAAUGCUUAGAAUAAAAACACACAGGAAAACAUUUUGCUUGGCAGGCGUGAACAGACUGCAAUUUUUGUUAAUACUCGAAAAAAUAUUUCUCUUAUUAAACUGUAUCAUUGCAUUGGAUAUAUAAGUGUACCGUGUGGAUACGGAUAGUGUAUCCAUUGUCAGUGAUUGUAUUAAGUGUCAGUAAUUGCUAUAGAAUUACAACAGUAAACCAUCUAAAACAAUACAUAAAAUGAAAAGUCUGAAAUAUUUUUUUCCUAAAGAGAAGUUAUGCCAGGUUUGUCUAUAAAUUAAGGUCCCCAACGAGCUCCUAUUACAACGAAAUAAGCUAGAUCAGAUGUAAUCCAAGCCCUAGCUAUCUCUCUUUUCUCACUCCAAUCCCAUUCAUUAUCAUAAUACUCGUAGCAGGUGUUUACAAUGGAAAACAAACUCCCAUCGAAGAACUAAAAUAAACAUCAUGAAUUGUUUGCACAUCAAAGAACAAAUAAACACCUGAUAGACACAAUAUGUGUUGUAAAAACUGAGUGUAGAUUUGUGAUUGAUUGUAAAAAGCAGGAAUAUUUUUGUUGGAACCAAAAAUACUCCUCGUACAGUACCUUCAUAUUUUUCAUGUAAUUUACCAUAUUAUUAAUCUAAAUAAGCCAUCAUAUUCUAUGAAGCGAGUAGCUAGUUUUGCAAUUUGUUUUUAUUCUAUGACAAUAUACAUACUAGGAUGUGAACGUUGAGUAGAAAUGUGUUCAAAACUCGAGUCAUACCUGUAUUGUUGGUCUCUGUGAUAUUUCUGACAGUUCUUGUAGUAACGUGUGUGGCUUGUUUACUUUUCUAUGUCAAACCGAAGAGUAAUGUUUCUGUGUAGAGGUAUGGUGAAUAAAUAGUUUUCAUUAUGGAA